AUGCAAGUGCAGCGACGGUGUGCAGACGCAGCUUCAACCGCAAGAUUCACCGCAUGUGACAGUCACGCCUCGAACGUCUCCGCGCUUUCGCCUUGUCUACGGUUUACCACGUUGAACUUGGCUGCGCUUGCAGUGCAGUUCACUUGCAGCGCUCCGUCUAUCUUUUCCCGAUCGACGGGGAUUGGCGAUUUUGGCUUGACGACCAGUGAACGCUGCUGGUUCAAGUUACAGCAGCUAGAAAACAGACGAGCUCGUCCCAGGAGUUCAAACACGCCUGAGGGAGCGAGCGUCGUGUUCGGAUCAGUAGCCGUUCCGGACGCCCAGCGCUCACGUCUCGCGAGGAAGUCUACGCCGCUGCUGUCGUCGAUACCGAGAUAA